AUGACAGUUUCAACAAUUCCAAUUCCUCAAAUUAUUAAAAUUGGUGUAUUAAUUGGUGCUAAAGGAUGUAAUCUCAAACCCAUUGCCGAAGAUACCGGUACAUCCAUUCAUGUAAACACAAAAGUGAGUCCUGCACGAAUUGAAAUUAGAAUCAGAUGGAACUCGCUACCACCAUCUGAAAAUAGAGUUAACGAAGCAAGAGAUCAAUUAAAUAAUCUAAUAGAUAAAUUGUUGAAACGACUCAAAGAGCUCAAAGAACUCAAAUAUUUCAAAGAACUCAAAAAUUUCAAAGAACUCAAAUAUUUCAAAGAACUCAAAAAUUUCAAAGAACUCAAAUAUUUCAAAGAACUCAAAAAUUUCAAAGAACUCAAAUAUUUCAAAGAACUCAAAUAUUUCAAAGAACUCAAAUAUUUCAAAGAACUCAAAUAUUUCAAAGAACUCAAUAACCCCAAAAAACCCAAAGAGCACAAAGAGCUCGAAUCGCUCAAAAAGCUCAAAAAAUAA